GCAUGUGGGUGUGUGUAUUGAAAGAGAAAGACAGAGCGAGAGAGAGAGAGACUUGCAGGCGACUUGUUUGCUGAGGAUAUUAGAUUUCUCUAUUCAUCGUCGUUAGUUCUUUCUCCUCUCUUCCAGCUCUCAGAGGACGUCUGAUGUGCUGUCAAUCUCCGUUGUAGCCUCUCACUCUCGUUUUGUCUGGCCGUGGACACCGACUGGACAGCCGUGAUCUGUUCGAAACGGGGCCGGUACAUUACCACACCUUUAUUGUGCGUUGAAGCCACUGUCUGAAUAGCGAAGGGACUACCCGCGAACCGAAUAAUUCCUGAAUGGUUCAGUUGGGACUGUUUUUUUACGAGUAUUUUCGGUCGUAUUUUUAUGUUCGGCAUUUUGCUCCAGAAUAAGUCUGUUUUAGAAGAUCAAGACAAGUGAAUGGCUAUGCCAAUAUCAGUGGUACUGUAAACCAAGUCAUAGCCCAGAGGAGACCCUAAACAUCAUUCGAUUGUGGCUUUCUUGGACCUUACUUUUUGUGAAUACAUUGUGGGAUAAUAUAUAUUUUUUCUCCCACGGAUCUUUGGAUUAGCAGAACUGUUGAAUUGAUACAGGCUAAUACACGUAAUACUCACCAAGAAGAAAGAUGGGGAAGAGUGCCUAGUAUCGCCAGGAGAGGAAUGCCCCAGACUGUGUGCCCAGCAGCAGGCACCAUGUUCACCCCCAGUGGCUUCAGCCCCCACCUGGCCUCCACCUGCUCUGAGGCUGACCCGGUGAUCGAGGAUGAAGGGGGCCCUCAGGAGGCCCGGGGGCCUGGGGCUUGCCUGGCCGAAGGACCCCCCAUCACCUCCGCCUCCCUGGACACCCUCAUCCAGCACCUUGUGCCCACCACAGACUACUACCCAGAGAAAGCCUAUGUGUUUACGUUCCUGCUGAGUGCUCGUCUGUUCAUCUCUCCUCCUGAGCUACUGGCCAGACUCUGUGAGACCUGCAUUAAACAACAGCAGCUGGACCAGAGUCCACUGGACAUGGCUAAAGUGAGGAAGUUUGGUCCCAAGAUCCUGCAGCUGCUAACAGAGUGGACAGAGACGUUCCCCACAGACUUCAGAGAGGAGAAGAUGGUGGGCCUGUUCAAAGACAUUAUCCACAGGAUAGCACCCUGUGAUGAGGCGUACUGGAAGACACUGAGUCAGGUCCUGCAGACCCUGAACCAGAAGCUUGCAGCCAUCGCCCAGGGAGAGGAGUGCAUCGUCAAAGUGAAUGCCUCCUCGGUAUCCUCAAUCUCUGACAAGCUGGUGGCCUUCAAGACCAAGUCUCCACCCAUCCAGAAGGAAAUGCUGUCUAUCUGCAACGACCCUUACACACUUGCACAACAACUCACCUAUAUAGAGCUGGAACACCUGAGUCACAUCGGCCCUGAAGAGUUUGUACAAGCCUUUGUUCAGAAAGACAAACUGGAUAGCACUCAGCCCUGUUUCAGUGAGCAGAAGAAGAAGACCACUAACUUGGAGGCUUAUGUCAGGUGGUUCAACAGGCUGUGCUACCUGGUGGCCACUGAGAUCUGCAUGCCUGCUAAGAAGAAGCAGAGGGCCCAGGUGAUUGAAUUCUUCAUCGAUGUGGCCAGAGAGUGCUUCAACAUCGGCAACUUCAACUCCCUCAUGGCCAUCAUCUCUGGUAUGAAUAUGAGUCCUGUGUCUCGGCUGAAGAAGACCUGGGGGAAAGCCAAGACUGCCAAGUUCUUCAUUCUGGAGCAUCAGAUGGACCCUACUGGAAACUUCUACAACUACAGAACAGCACUGAGGGGAGCUGCCCACAGGUCCCAGACUGCUAAUAGCAACAGGGAGAAGAUUGUGAUUCCCUUCUUCAGCCUACUGAUCAAAGAUAUCUACUUCCUGAAUGAGGGAUGUGCCAACCGCUUGCCCAAUGGCCAUGUUCAUUUUGCGAAAUUUGUGGAGUUGGCUCGUCAGGUGGGCGAGUUUAUGACGUGGAAACAGAUGGAGUGUCCAUUUGAGACAGACAGGAGCAUCCUACACUACCUCCACACUGCUCCCAUCUUCAGUGAGGAUGGACUCUAUCUGGCAUCCUAUGAGAGUGAGAGUCCAGAGAACCAGGUGGAGAAGGACAGAUGGAAAGCACUCAGAUCUAAUAUUCUGGGGAAGACAAAAGAGUUAAAAGAGCUAAGAGAGCACCAUGGCAGCUAACCCUCAGGCCAGCCCAGCGAGGGAGGGAGUCGGUGUACUGCACUACAACAAACUGUGAAGGAGCCUAGCUGGUACUUAGGUGUUUUUCUACACAUGAAGAAUAGAAAUGAGGAAACAAUCAUGAUGAACAGGAUUCAUCACCAACAUGACCAGUAAAAACAAGAAAAGAAGAACAAACGUCAACAAGUGGUGAAAAGUGAAGCUAUCAUGGACACUGACUGGAGUCUAAGGCCAUGGUUUGACUAUUGUACAUUGGCUACAUUGGGUACUGUAUGUUAGUGAGGGAUAGAUCUAUCCCUCCAUCUUGUUGCAUAUUUACUCUUUGGGCUCAUGUUUGCUACCAGAGUGUUCAGUUACAGUGACAGGGAAAUCUACUGCUUUUUUAAAAUGAAAUUCCUACUGAAAUUGUUGUUAUAUUAUCGUAUUUCUCUAUCCUUUCUUUCACUCCCCCACUUCCUCACUCCCCUUCUCUCUCUCACACCUACACCUUAUUUUUGUUGUGAAAGUUUUCUAUUGUACUGUACGAAUCUGGUAAAAGUAAGAGUUACUAUGAUGUGAAGGGCACUGGCUUGCCCACUUACUGGCUUGCCCACUUACUGGCUUGCCCACUUACUGGCUUGCCCACUUACUGGCUUGCCCACUUACUGGCUUGCCCACUUGUGUUUGGUCCUCGAAAGACUACUAAUGAUGACUACUAUUGAGUACUUGCAUUGACUGGAGAAGCCUACAGCAUUAUAUCAUUCCACAUACAGUACAUAAAUACAUAGACUAUAUAGUGUGUGUCUGCAGGGCUGGCUCCAGGCAUAAGCGGACGCUUAGGGCACGCGGUCGCUAGGGGGCCCCUGGCCAAAACAUUCUGAAAAUUUGGACCCCCAUCGGGGUCUUAACUUUCUAUUGAUAGUUAAACUAGUAUAAUACACCAGGUGCAAUUUAGAAAUGUGGUUGUGCAUCAACAGUGUUUCUCUUGUUAUGUCAGUCACUCAAUUACCUGACAAUUAGCCAUCCCAAUGUUUUGAUUGGUAGUAAGUCUAGCCAGCUAUCUAAACUUGUAAUAAUCAUGGCUGAAUAAUGACAGGGCAUGUGCCCAGAGGCCCUGAUCUCCAGGGGACCUCCACUGAUUUUGUUAGUCAUUAUCACUCAGAUAUCAUAUUAACAUGUCAUAAGUCACGGCAAAAUAUGUAGAAUUGCAGGAAAUGUGCUUUAAAACUGCUAACCUUUCUCUCCACCCCAUUGGAAAAUGGGUAGAAUUGCAUGAAAUUGGGUGUAAAACUGUAAAUGUUUUCACUGCGCCAUACUCAAAAUGAGUAUAAUUGCAUUAUAUGUGUUGUAAAAUUGCACAAUUUUCUCUCCGCCCCAUGGUAAAAUGUGUAUAAUUGCAGGAAAUGAAAUUCAAAGCAGACAUUUUCUCUCUGCCAUCAAGAGGGGAGUCACUAAAAUGUUUUGCCUCUCUCUUAGGGCCCCCAAAA